CACGAUCCUACCCGAUUCUCCAGCUUCAGUAACUAGUCCCGACACUUGUUGAUCAUAUUUGCUUGUGACUUUUCGCGAACUUCCUCGACAGUUUCCUCCAGUCACACGACAACUUCAAAUCCCCAGCCCGCCUCUGAUUAACCUCCCAGCAGCUAUGGCCUCGCGACUCCUCGUUCCACGCCUCACCUCCGCCUCAAGAACCCUCAGAGCUCCUUCUCCCUUCCUCUCCAGAUCCUUCCAGACAUCCGGCAGACGGUUGCAAGAGAUUCCAGCAGUACCCGUGAAGAAGCCCGUAGGAGCUUUCAGAGGAGGGCUCUUCGGAUUCCUGCUCGGCUCUACACUCGCGGGCGCAUCAGUGUACUACUAUAUUCUCGAAGAAUACAAGGUUUCCAAUGAACUGUUGACAGAAGAUAUCUACGCUCUACAAGCGGCAGUCCAACGGAUCCAUUCCUACGUCUCGGAACUGGAGAACAAGAUGAACCAAUUGAAGAAAUAGGAGACAUGAGCAAGGGCAGGGUUGCUUUCAAAAUCUGGGCGAAACAAGGAGAUGGCUUGACAUGGUUGAUUUCCGAGCAGAAUGCUAUGGGCUUGUUGGACUCGCACACAAGGUAAUCGAAUACUCCACCGCCAGUCUGAGCGUUUGUACAAAUAAAAUCUCCUUCUACCAGCUCUGAAUGGAUUGUUCGAAAGACUCGCAAUUUACCCCAUCAAUACUUUCACAGGGU